UUCUCGUUUCUUUCCCACUCUUUGUUCUUUUUUCUUUCUCCCCCAAUUUCCAAUUCUAAACCCUAAAACCCUAGCCCCCAACCAACGAUUGCAAGCCCCAAUCCAUCUGCCAGCGUCCUCUGUAACGAGGAAGGUGAUUGCUGUUGUGCCUGCCAAGCAAGAAGCUCGAACAGCUUACACUAAUUUCCUCCCAAAAGCAAAAACUCACACUUCCCCUCCAUUAGAAGAAGAGAAGCUUCUACAAACCUACAGAGAGACGUUGCCAGAAAAGGAAAUUUAGAAAAGGGAAUUUAUCAGAGUACAAGAGAAGGAAGAAGGGCAAGAUGAAGAUAGAAGAAGUACAAUCCACGACGAAAAAGCAGAGAAUAGCCACUCACACUCAUAUUAAAGGCCUGGGGCUUGAGCCCAAUGGAAAGGCAAUGCCUUUGGCUGCUGGAUUUGUGGGCCAGGCAUCUGCAAGGGAAGCUGCUGGCCUUGUGGUUGAUAUGAUUCGGCAAAAGAAGAUGGCUGGGCGUGCCCUAUUACUUGCUGGGCCUCCUGGUACUGGAAAAACAGCUCUUGCCCUAGGAAUCUCCCAAGAACUUGGUAGCAAGGUUCCAUUUUGCCCAAUGGUUGGAUCAGAAGUGUAUUCAUCAGAAGUGAAGAAGACUGAGGUUCUAAUGGAGAACUUUCGACGAGCUAUAGGUCUCCGUAUUAAGGAAAACAAGGAGGUUUAUGAGGGAGAGGUAACUGAACUAUCACCAGAAGAGACAGAGAGCGUGACAGGUGGAUAUGGCAAAAGUAUAAGCCAUGUGAUUAUUGGGUUGAAAACUGUAAAAGGAACCAAACAAUUGAAAUUGGAUCCAACAAUAUAUGAUGCUUUGAUCAAGGAAAAGGUUGCUGUUGGCGAUGUUAUAUACAUUGAAGCAAAUAGUGGAGCUGUUAAAAGGGUGGGAAGAAGUGAUGCUUUUGCUACUGAAUUUGAUCUAGAAGCAGAAGAAUAUGUUCCACUUCCUAAAGGAGAGGUUCACAAAAAGAAGGAGAUAGUCCAGGAUGUGACAUUGCAUGAUCUUGAUGCUGCAAAUGCACGGCCUCAAGGAGGACAAGAUAUAUUGUCCCUGAUGGGUCAAAUGAUGAAGCCCAGGAAAACUGAAAUCACCGACAAACUACGGCAGGAAAUAAAUAAGGUUGUUAACCGGUAUAUAGAUGAAGGUGUGGCAGAACUAGUUCCUGGUGUCUUAUUUAUUGAUGAGGUUCAUAUGUUGGAUAUGGAGUGCUUUUCUUAUUUAAACCGUGCUUUAGAAAGUUCACUAUCUCCCAUAGUGAUAUUCGCAACAAAUCGAGGAAUUUGCAGUGUCAGAGGGACAGACAUGUCUAGUCCUCAUGGUAUACCAGUUGACUUGUUGGACAGAUUGGUUAUUAUAAGAACACAAUGCUAUGUUGAUUUACGUCAGAUAUUAGCUAUUCGAGCUCAGGUUGAAGAGCUGCAAAUAGACGAGGAAAGUCUGGCUUAUCUCGGAGAGAUUGGACAACAAGCAUCUUUGAGGCAUGCGGUCCAGCUGUUAUCUCCUGCCAGCAUAGUUGCUAAAAUGAAUGGUCGUGAUAGUAUUUGCAAGGCCGAUCUUGAAGAAGUGAAUUCUCUUUAUCUGGAUGCAAAAUCUUCGGCAAAGCUUCUCCAAGAACAGCAGGAUAGAUACAUAUCAUGACAACCUUGACAGCGCCAAUGCUUCCAUCAAUUCCUUCAGCUUACUGUUAGUUCUGAGAUCCUUCACUAUUGUAAGAAUUGUGUGCAAAGCAGUAUCGUCGUUAAGAUCCCCUACCUAUCUGUGCAUUUAAGUCACCCAGAUCAGAUCAGAGGCAUUCGUUGGUGUCUUUUUCUGGUUUUCUUGCAUUGGCACAUUGAUUAAGAUGUGAAUUCUUAAUUAUGCAAGUUCCCUUAAACCCUGGGAUGUUCCAGUUUCUAAGGAAUUAGCACUCUGUUGGUGGAAGGAUGCAUCCUUGGUUUAGGUUUAUAUCAUCUGCUUCUGUAGUGUUAUGCUUUCAGGAUCAUAGUAUCAUACUGAUUCACUCUUCACUGUAAUUUUUGAAGCCACAGCACAGUUGAUGUCU